AUGUCGAAGUCGCUCCCCCCACUGGAGAGUUCAUCUCGCGGCGGUGAGGCAGCUCGAGUGGGCGUCUACGCGUCACAUGGUCCGGCUGCUACCAAUGCUUUGUGUGUUGUUACACCAAGAUCUACAGUAAACAGUAAUCUACGCCCACAGUCCGCUCAGCGCUUCCUAGAAACAGAAUUCACACUUGGGCCACUACAAGACCAAAGUCUUCCUCCGUAUAACGAUUUGGAAGAUCCAUACCUUGCACCUUACUGGGCCCGAAGGGAGAUGUUGAUCCGUGAAACGGCCGAGCGCCGGGAAGAGAUGAGGCGGCAGAAGCGGUUGGAGCAACAUCGGCGUGAAGUGGCUCGCCGGCGAUUUGAGGAACGGCGCCAGAGGGAGUUGGAGGAACUCGCAUGCCGGACGGGAUUCGCUACGCAGAGGCGUGUUGAGGCCGAGGAGUUGACCAGCCCGAAAGAGACUACAUCGGGUAGAAAAGAAGUUGCGAAGAAGCGUCAACGUACUGUGUCGAGUAGAGCUACUGGAUCCAAGAAACGCGCCGUGGCGACAGUUCCUAAGCCACCCAAACAAAAGCGUCCUGAUACAGUGGGCCAACGAGGUGGCCGACCGGGUGCCUGCAGCAGUCAGGGAAAGGGCAAAACUUCGUCCCCUCCCAAGAAUAUAUUACUCAAGACCAUUAGAGAAACUCUAAAUUCGGACUCUUCCCGACCCGCCACACCACAGAAGGGCAAAGGAGCCGCUUCUCCCGUUGGCGGCCGGAAGUCCGGUGGAGGGUUAACUGAAAGCAGUAAGCACGGUGCUGUGACCGAAGACGAGGCCCCAAUUUCAUCAUCAGUCGCGGAAGACUCUGCAACUGGGAAGGGUUCUACAUCAAGUGUGGCGCAACCCAGCGAAGCUAAGAGGGAAAGCAGACCUUCUACAGCAUCUCCGCAACCAGCCUCGACAGAGCAGUCGACGAGCAAGGAAAUUUUGAAGGAUGGUGGCAAUAGCCGUCCUGCAUCUGCUGCUCGCCCGUCCUCUGCAUCUGCAAGCGCCAGUCAAAAAGCGAUGCAACAGGACACCACCGAUGCUGAAGAUGGGAAGGACACUCAAUCUGACCGUUCUCGACCAUCGUCAAGGAAGUCUGAGAGAUCCGGCAGGGAAGGACGAGAGAAGACGGAUGAUGAACCGACUGCUGAUACAACCAAGAAUGAUUAUGGUGACGAAUUUGAAGCCUCCGAGUCCGGAAAGAAGGAUCCUGACACUGAGGAUCAGAAAGAUACCGAGUCGGAGCGGUCCCGCUCAUCAUCGAAGAAGCCUGAGGAACUGACGAAGGAUGAUGCAGACAAGACGGAUGAUGAACCAACUGCUGAUACAACCAAGAAUGAUUAUGGUGACGAAUUUGAAGCCUCCGAGUCCGGAAAGAAGGAUCCUGACACUGAGGAUCAGAAAGAUACCGAGUCGGAGCGGUCCCGCUCAUCAUCGAAGAAGCCUGAGGAUGAUGAACAGAAGGAUGAAUACACUGAGGAGCUUGACAAGUCCCAGACAUCUGAAAAGAAAGAUACCGAGGCUGAGGAUCAGAAAGAUACCGAGUCGGAGCGGUCCCGCUCAUCAUCGAAGAAGCCUGAGGAUGAUGAACAGAAGGAUGAAUACACUGAGGAGCUUGACAAGUCCCAGACAUCUGAAAAGAAAGAUACCGAGGCUGAGGAUCAGAAAGAUACCGAGUCGGAGCGGUCCCGCUCAUCAUCGAAGAAGCCUGAGGAUGAUGAACAGAAGGAUGAAUACACUGAGGAGCUUGACAAGUCCCAGACAUCUGAAAAGAAAGAUACCGAGUCGGAGCAGUCCCGCUCAUCAUCGAAGAAGCCUGAGGAUGAUGAACAGAAGGAUGAAUACACUGAGGAGCUUGACAAGUCCCAGACAUCUGAAAAGAAAGAUACCGAGGCUGAGGAUCAGAAAGAUACCGAGUCGGAGCGGUCCCGCUCAUCAUCGAAGAAGCCUGAGGAUGAUGAACAGAAGGAUGAAUACACUGAGGAGCUUGACAAGUCCCAGACAUCUGAAAAGAAAGAUACCGAGGCUGAGGAUCAGAAAGAUACCGAGUCGGAGCGGUCCCGCUCAUCAUCGAAGAAGCCUGAGGAUGAUGAACAGAAGGAUGAAUACACUGAGGAGCUUGACAAGUCCCAGACAUCUGAAAAGAAAGAUACCGAGUCGGAGCAGUCCCGCUCAUCAUCGAAGAAAUCCGAAUCAUCCGCUAAACUGGAGGGGGAUAAGUUCGAGUACGGCGACGAACUGGAGAGAUCGCCAUCAUCUGAAAAGGGUGAGGCUGUGCAACAGGUUGUAGAGGACGAACAUGUUAACGAUCAGGAUGUAGAUGAGCUAGAUUCUGAUGCGGUAAAGAGCGAGGCUGUGGAUGAGGCGUCCGGUGCCGACGCGGCGAAGGACUCAGCGGAUGGUGCAUCGUCCAAAGAAUCGAGCAGUAAAAGGACGUCUCGGUCAAGCUCUAGCGUAUCCAAAGGUCGAAAGAACGCUUCUUCAUCAUCUUCCUCUAUUGGGAGCGAAGAACUUAGUGGGAAUGAUGUUGCCCGUGCGUCUGGCACAGGUGAAGAUGAGAUAGAAGAUGAAGCAUAA